AUGUCGACGCAUCACAAUCAGGGCGGCGGCCCGGCUGACCACCAGUCUCUUUCUACGCCGCAAUUGAACCGGUCCUGUGAAUCAUGCCGCGCCCUGAAAGUGCGCUGCUUGCCCGAUACCAACAUGCCCAACCAGUGCCAGAGGUGCACAAAGGCAAACCGGCCCUGUAUCUUUGUCGCGCCACAGAGACGCCGGCCCCGGAAACGCACGGAUUCGCGCGUGGCCCAGCUGGAGAAGGAGAUGGCCGCAAUGCGCUCCAUGCUCAAGGACCGACGAGCUGCUGCUGCCGCCGCCGCUGCUGGUGGUGGUACUGCCACCAAGGAAGAAAUCAUUAACGAGGAGUCUGAGUCGGGGAGUGAAGAGGAAGAGCAGGACGAGGUCGACUUUGGCGUCAUGCCCAUGGAGAAACCGCAUCCGCUCAACUAUCAAGAAAUAAAACUGGUCAACGUCAACCCUUCUCAGUCGCCCGGUGUUCGCUCAACCUAUGACCUGUCAGGCGAUGGCCAUUCUAUGCAGAGCACACCCUCGCUGAUCCCACACUCCAGUUCUCCCGAUUUUGGAGACGGAGGCGAUAUCGUAGAUCGCGGUCUUAUCUCGCCCGCCGCCGCAGAAGAUUUUCUCUCGCUGUUCAUGACCGAUUUGCUGGAUUAUUUCCCUUUUAUUGUGCUACCGUUAGAUACCACCGCCGCUCAACUGCGCCAGUCAAAACCCGUGCUUUUCUUGGCCAUAAUCGCAGCCGCUGCCAUUGCCGUGGACGCCGGGUUAGCCAACGUGAUGAACCACGAGAUCAUCAGCCUUUACUCGCAGCGAUUCUUUUUCCGCGGCGAAAAAUCUUUGGAAAUGGUGCAGGCGCUUAUCCUGAUGAAUAUAUAUUACCUUCCACCUGAUUCUCCUUCGCAAAUUCAAGCUUAUCAAUAUUCCCACAUAGCCGCCACCAUGGCAAUAGAAGUGGGCAUCGCAUACAAGAAGCGCAUGCCGCGAAAGCCCAAUCGAAAUAGGAGACAGGCCACGCCAGCUGAAAAAUUCGAUGAGCAGAUGGCUGAACAAGCGCGGACUAUCUUGACAUGUUAUCACCUUUCUUCGACGGUGGCCAUGAGGACGCGGCGACCGAAUAUGCUGCAAUAUAACGACUGGAUUAAAGAAUGCGUACGAAUGCUCAGCAAGUCGCCAAUCGAGUCGGACAGGCGGCUUGCUAUAUGGUUUGAACUUCAAAUUAUCACAGACGAGGCUUUGUCAUCCUUUGGCCUCGACGACACGGCGUCCACCGCUCCGUUGACGGAGACCCGGGUGAACGCUGUCCUACGGCUAUUUGACAAGAAGAUGGACGACUGGAAAGAGAACCUGGACGCGGAAGACCUCACAGUGCCAAUGGUGCUUGAAUACCAACAUGCUCUUCUAUCCAUCUACGAACUCGGCAUAGGCGAAGGAUAUCGCGAGCCCGAUGCCAUCAAACGACAAUACUACACACUCCCUGCCCCUGAGAGCGGCGAGCAGCAAUACGAGCCGCUGAGCGCGCUCCGAGUUGACCUCAACAUCAAAUGGCUCAACGCAGCACAUGGCCUGCUAGACUCAUUUUUGAACUGCGACGUGCACACAAUGCGGAAAAUGCCGAAUCUGACGUAUUCCCGAGUCGUGCUGGGCGUGAUGGUCCUGCUUAAGAUUUUUUUCUCGAUCAAGUCCGGUGCCCUGCGGGAUGUCAUUAGCCUGGGCACGGUCAACAUGGAGCAAUAUCUUGAGUCUAUGACUGAACGACUCACCGAGGCCAGCGCCGGCUCCAAGUACCCGAUCCCAUCGCGCUGGCUGCGUGUGGUUGGCGGCAAGGCGCGUGACUGGCUGACGAGGUUUGAGAAUCAUCGAACGGAAAAGGAAGAAGCUCGGCUGCAGGCUCAGCGCGACGCUGAAAAGGCAAAGGCAAAGGCCGCUGCCGCCGUCACGGUGGUUGGUCCGUCGACAUCGUCAUUCACGGCCGCGUGGCAUGGAGGUAUUGUGCCUACGCCGACCAAGGUGGUGCCGGUUGGGAUGCAGCCAGCGUAUCCGGAUGAGUAUCACCAGCAACAAUAUCAUCAGCAACGUCAACAUGAACAAACGCACGAGUUCAAUCCGAAUCUCGCCUACCAACAAACAACAAACACAAGCCCCGUGGCCAGCAUGUCAGCGACAUCUGCCACCUCUGUUCACAACUACAACCAUAAUGCAUGGCCAACACCCACCCAAAACGACCCAGGAAUGCAUCAUCAGCAUCAUCACCAGCAGCAACAGCAACAACAACAUCAUCACCCACACAUAAACAACCCUCCCGCAGUCGCCCACCCCUACACUCUUCCCUCCCAACCCGCCGCCGCCGUCUGGUCCUUUCAGCACGACAUGGCCAACCUCCAACAGCAACAACAACAGACCCAAACACAACCCUUCCCUCUUGACCUCGGCGGCCAACAAGAUGCUACUUCAAACCAUACCAAUAAUCCCAUGUAUUCCAUGGAAAACGCUAUUCCAAUGGACAUGGAAUUUGACUGGGUUCCUGACCGGGGAAUGUUUCAGUUGCCUACUUUUUGA